GUAAAGAGGAAGCUGAACUUGGAAACGGAUCACCAGUACAUAGCAGAGAGCCUGCCGGUGGGCCGGGGCAAGGCCAGGAACCCUGCUAAAGGGGCAAAGUCUCCUGGGGAGAAGUCCCGCUACGAAACCUCGCUGAACCUCACCACCAAGCGCUUUCUGGAGCUGCUGAGCCAGUCUCCUGAUGGCGUGGUGGACCUCAACUGGGCAGCCGAGGUCCUGAAGGUGCAGAAGAGGCGCAUAUACGACAUCACCAACGUCUUGGAGGGCAUCCACCUCAUCACCAAGAAGUCCAAGAACAACAUCCAGUGGCUGGGCAGCCAGGCCACUGUGGGGGCUCCCAGCCGGCACCCGCGGGGGGCGGAGCUGGGGGAGCUGCAGGCGGCCGAGCGGCAGCUGGACGACCUCAUCCAGACCUGCAUGGUGCAGCUGCGCCUGCUCACCGAGGACCCCGCCAACCAGCACGCAGCCUACGUGACCUGCCAGGAUCUCCGCAGCAUUGUGGACCCCUCGGAGCAAAUGGUGAUGGUUGUCAAAGCUCCCCCCGAGACCCAGCUGCAGGUUUCGGACCCGGCAGAGGCUUUCCAGGUCUCCGUGAGAAGCACUCAGGGCCCCAUCGACGUCUUCCUCUGCCCUGAGGACAGCUCGGGUGUCUGUAGCCCUGUCAAGAGCCCCUUUAAAGCCUCCGCAGAGGAGUCGUCCCCCAGCCAUUCACAGCCCACAGCCUCCCCACUCCUGCAUCCCGCCCAGGAUGUGAACAUGCCCCUGCUUCCUGGAGAGCAAGAGACACUGCUGCCAGGAACGAGCGCGCUGCCCGGCAAGUGCCCGACAGAGGAGGUGAGCCUCUCACCCCUGGCCUCCAUGGACGCCCUCCUGGAGCAGAGCAGGGAGGAUUUUUCGGGUUUCUUGGCGGACGAGUUCAUCAACCUGUCGCCACCGCAAACGCAAGAUUACCACUUCGGGCUGGAGGAGGGCGAGGGCAUCAGCGAGCUUUUCGACUGCGACUUCGGGGACUUCACACCCUUGGACUUCUGA